ACGAGAAAUACAUGUGUCAAAAUGACACUUAAUUUCAGCUAAAAAAUCGUGAUCUCCGUUUACGCGAAAAAUGGCUUUAUCUUUGGUGAAAAAAGCCAUUUUAACUAAUCCCCAUUCUCUCCGCAAAACUGUUGGAAUAUUUUGCAAUGCUGCAAGGAACCAUUGGAAUUAUCAAUACAAACCCGGUCCCUAUCCUAAGACAAUGGCGGAGAGACAGGCUGCGGCAAAAAAAUAUGGUUUGAGUAUUGAGGAAUAUCAACCAUAUCCAGAAGAAAUGGGAUAUGGUGACUACCCAAAAUUGCCUGAUAUUGGAACGGAUUCCAAAGAUCCCCACUAUCCCUACGAUUUACCCGACUUGAAGAGAAAUUUUAAUGAACCUUUUCAUGUUGCAUCUGAAAUUAUUGGUGAAGAUCGAUUCAACAUAAGUGUAAAGCAUAGGAUUCCAAUGUGGCAACAAUGGACCUGGUUUUUGGGAGCCAUGUUUGGGAGUUACAUGCUGUAUAUGUAUUUAGAUAAUUACAAAAUUGGCAGACCAGUUGUCGCUAAGCAAUACCCGCAAGAAGGGCCACAUUACAUGUUCUGCCCUAAAUGAGAUUUUAUAUCACAUAUAAAGGAGAAUGUGUAGUGCUUGUAUGUAAUGUAAUAAAAAAUAAUAUUUGUUGA